GUGUGGGAUGUCUGGGUCUAGGAUGGGCUGAUCUGUUAAAUGUUGGAAGGGGUUUUGGCACCAUGACAUCCUGCCCCGUCCUGCAGAGGGAGAGGGUGUUCCAAUCGGGAGCCCACAUCUACAGAAUCCCGGCUCUGCUCUACCUGCCUCAGCAGGAGACCCUACUGGCCUUUGCAGAAGAGCGGACGAGCAAGAAGGACGAGCACGCCAAGCUCAUUGUCCUGCGCAGGGGAAGCUACGAUGCAACCACCCGCCAGGUCCAGUGGCACCCGCAGGAGGCUGUGUCCCAAGCCCAGCUGCAGGGCUGCCGGUCCAUGAACCCAAGCCCCCUGUAUGACGAGACCACGGGCACCAUCUUCCUCUUCUUCAUCGCCAUCCCCGGGCAGGUGUCGGAGCAUCACCAGCUGCAGAGCGGGGUCAACGUGACACGGCUGUGUCAGGUCACCAGCCGGGACCACGGCAGGUCCUGGAGCCCCGCCACCGACCUCACAGACUCCGUCAUUGCCUCCGCCCACAGUGAAUGGGCCACGUUCGCUGUGGGCCCCGGGCACUGCCUGCAGCUGCACAACCCCACGCGGAGCCUGGUGGUGCCAGCCUACGCGUACCGCAGGCACCACUCCCUGCAGGAGCCUUCCCCCUCUGCCUUCUGCUUGGUCAGCCACGACCACGGGUCCACUUGGGUGAGAGGGAGCUUCGUGGGCCAGGGCACUGUGGAGUGCCAGGUGGCCGAAGUCGGGGAUGGGCAACAGAGGGUGGUGUAUCUGAACGCGAGAACCCCCUUCCGAGUCAGGGUCCAGGCCCAGAGUGCCAACAACGGCCUGGAUUUCGAGCAGCCUCAGCAGGUGCAGAAGCUGGUGGAGCCCCCCAACGGCUGCCAAGGGAGCAUCAUUGGCUUCCCCCGCCCCCACGCAGGCUCCGAUCCCCCCGCCUGGUGGCUGCUGUACACCCACCCGACUGACCCACAGCAGAGAUCCAACCUGGGCGUGUACCUCAACCGGUGGCCCCCCACGCCCGCGACCUGGUCGGAGCCCACCCUGCUGGCUCCCGGCAGCUGCGCUUACUCAGACCUGCAGAGCAUGGGCACCGGCUCCGACGGGUCACCCCAGUUUGGGUGUCUGUACGAAUCGGAUGAUUACGAGGAGAUCGUCUUUGUCAUGUUCACCCUGAAACAAGCCUUCCCAGCUGAGUUUUUGCCGCAGUGA